GGGUCGGGUUUGUGAACAAACAGGGAUAAAACAAAAGCUGUGUGUUGUUUCUUUCUUGUUAAAAAGGGGAAUUUAACCGCAAAAUUAACCCUUUAUUCAUUUUUCAACCAAAAAUCCCUUAAUCGCAACUGGGACGAAAGCAGUAAUCUAUAUAUUAUGAUGCGUAGGGAUCCUAAGGGGGACUGAACUUUGAAACAUUGUAUUUUUACAGCAUCAUUUCCAAUCGUUUUUUUCGAUUAUUGGAAAAUUAGGAUGGAUGUAACCACUGAAGAGCAAAAUAACAUAGACCAUGCAACUGAUAGUUACCCGUUGCUGGUGGAAGCUCGAGAAAACCAUGGAAACGAGCACGUAAUUGAUUUGGAAACGGUAGGUGAUGAUGACACGUCAUCAUCAAAUGGAUCCAAUAAUUCUCUUAACGGGCUGGCUCGUAGCCCGCGAGACUCUGCUUCUCAGUUGGUCCGGGCUCCGUCGAGCGGGUCAAGUUCACUUGGGAGGAGAGGGGACGGGCUGGGCCGUCGUAGGUGGAGCCCGUUUGAUACUUUGUUAUGGAUUUCAAUCGAGCUGGGCUUCACGUUGGGUCAGAUUAUUGCAUCUGUUGUCGUUUUGUAUUUAUCAAGAAAUGAAAACCCGCAGACUCCUUUGUUUGCUUGGAUUGUCGGUUACGCGGCUGGGUGUGUUGCAAGUCUGCCGUUUUUGUACUGGCGUUAUCUUCAUAGAAACCAGGCUACUGAAAACGGGUCAAAUCAGGCCCGACAACCACCUUCCGAGGCUAACCAACCCGAACCGAAUUCUUACAUAACAAUCUCGUUUGCUCGAUCUUCAGAAGAGGAAAAUCGGCCUGCCACAUCACCCGACACUUGGAAUGGUCUAAAUGUGGGUUCGAAUGCCAGGCUUACGAUGCUUGUGGACCAUUUUAAAAUGGCGUUGGAUUGCUUUUCCGCUGUAUGGUUCGUAGUUGGUAAUGUUUGGAUAUUUGGAGGCCAUUCAACGUCUGCUGAGGCUCCUAAUUUGUACAGGCUAUGUAUCGUAUUUCUUACCUUCAGCUGUAUCGGGUACGCAAUGCCUUUCAUUUUAUGUGGAAUGAUAUGCUGUUGUCUGCCUUGUAUCAUUUCGAUUCUCGGUGUUCACGAGGACAUGAAUCAAAUGAAAGGAGCGAGUGAUGAUUCUAUUAAUGCUUUACCAACACAUAAGUUCAAAUCAAAGAAAAAUGGAAAUUUCGAGACUAAAGAUAAUAACGAUUUGGUUGUUGAUGAAGGCGGGAUUUUAGCCGCAGGGACAGAUAAAGAGCGUGCUAUCUCUGGGGAAGACGCUGUUUGUUGCAUAUGCCUAGCAAAAUACGCGGAUAAUGAUCUAUUGAGGGAGCUUCCUUGCACGCAUUUCUUUCACAUAGAGUGUGUAGAUAAAUGGUUGAAGAUCAAUGCAUCGUGUCCGUUAUGUAAGUUUGAAAUUAAGGGCAGUAACGACAUUUCAUCUACACAAGACUCCAUUCAGCAACAAGCAUGAAACUUCAUCACCAAUAGGUAAAUUAAAACUUGAGCAUCGUAGAAUCGGAAGACGAAGAUUCUGUCAAGUUGAUUAUGAGUUUCUUGUCCCUUUUUCUUUACCAUGUGAGAAGUUACGGGUUGUAUAGAAGAAUCAAAUGAAAUGGAAUCGAUCGAAUCAAAUGUGUUGUUAAUAGCGUUUGUCUAAUAAACAUACAGUUUUCGUACUUACUGUGUACAUACAGUUUCUUUUCUUGGCGAAAGAGAGCUAUGAUUUAAACAAUAUAAAUGUAAAAAACCGCGAUGCGUAUAUAUGCAUUUCUGAUGCUCUUGUGUACUUGUUUAGUUGUUUAUCUAUGAUGGUAGCCUAAGGCUUUUUGGUUUGUGUUCAAA